UUUAACUCCAUCCGUCAACACGCCAGGAGUUUCGCGUUAAAAUAUUCGAUCUUGGAGAUCAUAUUGGAGAGCGCUCGUCUUCGUUCAGAAACCCUAGAAUUCCGUAGUCUCCGCGAAUUAUGACUAUUGAGAGCUAAGCGAUCGGAGUUGAAGCAAGAGGAAGCGAGAAAGUUCCGGUCCUCCGUCCCACUCGAGCUCCCUCGCAUCAUGAAAAAGAGUAAAUCGGCGAAGGUCCAAUCUCAGCAGCAGAACGGUCACGUUCUUCCCUUCAAGUUCGCCAAGUUGCUAGAUCCGGAGGCUUCUUGGGACAAGGACCAGUUGGGUGAUGUUCUCCAUUGGAUCCGUCAAGUGUUGGGCCUUGUGUGUGGAUUGCUGUGGGGUGCGAUCCCUCUCGUCGGCGCAAUAUGGAUUCUUGUAUUCUUGGUGCUAUCUUCUGGUAUCAUCUACGGAUACUAUGCGCACAUUCUGAAGAUUGAUGAGGAAGAAUAUGGAGGCCAUGCAACUUUGCUCCAAGAAGGGCUUUUUGCAUCAUUUACCCUUUUUCUGCUUGCCUGGAUUUUGGUAUACAGCUUGGCACAUUUCUAAUGGGGUACUGUGUUUUGAUCGGAGAAUGAUUUCUCAGAUGGGUGUCCUUAUCUUUUUCCAUUUUGAGCAACAGAUGUAUGAUCUGCUGAGCUAUUAAGCUCCACUUGUUUUCCUUUUAGAACAAUGAAACAGAAAAUGCAUUCGUGGCACUGCCAUUGAUUGCACCCAAGUUUUUUUCUUCCUUCCAUUUUGAUUUUAUCCAAUUCAGAUUUUGGAGACUGGCGACAUCAAGUGAGUCCACAAUCCAAGUGUAGUAACAUAAAUAGUUUUAUUUAUCUCAUGCUUGUACUUAGCUUUGCAUACUUUC